CAGCGCUGUUGGCGUCGCGCCUCGGACGGGCCCAGUCCUGGCCGACGGACCGAUUUGCACCGCCCGGCGGGGCCUCACGCGCGCGCUGCCGGCCGCGACCGCGUAUUGAAGGGAGACCGGAGGCCUCAGCGCCCAGGAGCAAGGGGCAGCCCCAGACCGCUGCCCGGCGCGGCGCCCGCGGCGCACGACCAUGCAGAUCUUCGUCGAGGACCUCGAUGGCCGCACGCGGACGCUCGACGUCGCAGCCGACGCGACCGCCGCCGACAUCUGUGGAGGCGGCAGGCUCCUCCACAACGGUACCUACAUAACUGGAAGUCUGAGAGACGCCAACGUCCAGAAGGACGCGACACUCCACGUAGUAGCAUGUCUGCGCGGCGGCGUCGAGCGGGAAUACAACUCGAGCGACGAGGACAGCGUCACGACCGACAGCGACGAAGGAAAAGAGGACGACGAGGACUCGUCCGACUACUCGAGCAGCGACGACGAGACGACGCUGCCCCAGGUCACGACGCUGGAAAGCGUGUUGGCGAUGAUUCCUUUUACUCCGGACUGGUGCGAAGCCGCGUCAAAGUUCAACUGUGCUUCAAUUUGAGGUUUGUUGGGGUCUGGGUGAGGUGCUCCUCUCUGGAUACGGUCGCGUGCAUCGCUCGGAGGUCCCACUCGUCGAUGUCCACGCAGGUGGGAGGCGCGCGCCGCGAACGAGGCGUUGCAUAAUCGCCGGAAGAUGGUCGCCGAGACGAAUCGGGCCAAACAUUUGGUGAAGCUCUGCGAGGCGGGCAUGCACGCCGACGCGCUGCGCGAGCAGCUCCAUGAUUCAGCACAAGAUUUCACGGAUUUUAACCACGUGCGUGACGCGGCGUCUGUUUCUGAAGUUUUCUGAACUUCAAGUUCGCGUCGAUGGCGUCGACGCAAUACCACGUCGCCGUGGCGCCGUCGACGUGGCCGCAUGAGAGUCUACGCGACUCGGGAGCCGCGGCCGUGUCGCGACGCUGUCGUUCGACGCAGGUCAAAGAUGCCAUGAUACAACAUGAGCAGUGGGUCUGGAAGCCGCCGCGCUCCAUGAUCAAGUCCGCCGAAGCGAGUGGUGCCGACAAGUCCAAAUUGGAAAGUUCCGCAGUCCUCAGGAAAGUGCAACGCGACUUCCGGCUGAUGACGCUCGACCGGCCCGGCGAGAAGCCCAUGCACCUCCAAGAUUGGCCACAAGUCCUAAAGAAGGAACGGAGGCACGCGCAGUACAUGGCCGAGCUGCUCGGGAAAGAAGUGGCCCCGGAAAAGCAGCUCGAGGAGAUGCGGCGCGCGCUCCGCGUCUUGAUGUGACUCGUAUCUCACCCACGACGCCGGGGGUGGUUUCUUUUUUGAUUUCGAGCGACCGCGAUGCUCGGCGCAUGACGUGGUCGCCGUGAUCACACGAGAGUCUACGCGUCGCGAGAGGGAGCUACGGCGGUUUCGCGGCGGUUUCACGCUCUCGCGACACGCAGGCGGAAGAUGCGCGAAGAAGCGAAGGAGGCUAUAAGGUGCCAGUGGACGCACACGGACGAGGCCACAGGCAAGAAGUACCUCUGUUCCAACGAGCGCUUCGUCCACCCGUGGCGGCGGGUCGUCGACCGCUUCGGCGUGAGUGUCCUCGAGGAGUUCAGCUGUUGCGCGUCGGUCUCGGCGUCCCGCGGUGCCUUCACUUCAUUAAUACGACUCGUGUCCAUCUCACUUCCAUGAGAGUGGUUUCUUUUUUGCUGAAGAGGCCGUUCGGACCGAACCGCGAUGCUCCGCGCAGGUGGCACAUGUCGUACUGCGCCGGCGACCACGGGAUCCGGCCGCGAUCUAUCGCCGUGCCCAACGAUUUAGCUCUUUGUACGGCGUGUUACGUGCGCGAGACGCACGUGCCGCCCGAGGUCCUCACUCGAUUAAAAACACCAGGAGUCAUUGUCAGCCACAAGAAGAAAGCUCAACAUGCCAAGACGAAGUGGGAGAUCGAAGCGGAUGAGCGGAAGCGCAUUGUGGAAAAAGUGGAACGGGAGUGCAUCGAGCGGAGAGCCAAGUUAACCACCAGCAGUGUGUGUACGUGGUGCCCCGACAAGUCCGUGCCGCGCGAGCGGGGCCUCAUGUGCGAGAAUUUAGUACAAAUCAGUCCCGUGACGGGCGAGCCCCUCGAGACGUGCCCCUGGCAUAGAACUACGUGUUGCAUGCCGCACGAGACGGAGGCGCUGACUCGGGCGUGAAAAUGAACUUGAACUUGCGACUGCUCGUCACCGUGACGCCAUCGACAGUGUCGCGACGGCGUCCGUUCCGCGCAGGCUUCCGCGUCGAUUGCCGUGCCCAACGGUGAUGGAUUAUGUGUGUCGCAUUACGUGGCCAAGUACGGAAGGCCUCCCGUCGACGUGGGCUGGCCCCUGCCCGGUUCGGAGUUGCUCAGCAAGGUGAUGGCCGCACUGGCGGAAAGCAACGCGGCGAGACACAUUUUUUGUCCUUCGGACAACUACAUCGAGUACGACAACGGCAAGCAGUUCGAGGAUCCCGUGAAAUACGCAUGAUCUCGGCGUCCCGCGGUGCUGCGGUGCCUUCACGCCGUCGACGCGACGCGAGCUUCGUCUCGCGACGGUGUCCGUGCCACACAGGUCCCGCCCCAAAAGGAGGACUGGCUCACGCGGAAGAUGAACGCGCCGUUUGAGAAAGGUGAGUCAGUGUUGAACUUCAACUUCUCAACUUGA